CACUCUACGUACACGCACAUACAGCACUUAUUUGUGUAUGGUCUGCCGUCAUUUUCACUGUUUUGUCUGAAAAUGUCCAGGCUUAAAAACUAACUGCAUCAGAUGUCAGGUGAUGACUUCCAUCCAGUCAGUAAUCGGAGCAAAAGCUGACUGCUGACGGACUUCGUGGAUGAUUAAUUAUCGGGAUUACUGACCCGGGACCUUUGGAUGAACUUUCUUUUUUUGAACAAAUAUGGAUCAGAACGAAAAGCAGCCCGCUGAAGCGGACGACAUGGACGGUUUCGUUGCGGUUGAAAAGCAGCGCCGAAUCUUCAAGAUCAUCGUGAUCGGGGACUCUAAUGUCGGUAAAACAUGCCUGACGUAUCGGUUUUGCGGGGGCAAAUUCCCGGAGAAGACUGAAGCGACGAUAGGGGUGGAUUUCAGGGAGAAAAAUGUGACGGUAGAAGGAGAAACGAUCAAGCUCCAGUUAUGGGACACGGCCGGCCAGGAGCGCUUCCGCAAGAGCAUGGUCCAGCACUACUACCGCAACGUCCAUGCCGUGGUCUUCGUCUAUGACAUCACCAAGAUGUCCACCUUCGAGGGCCUGCCCAACUGGAUCGACGAGUGCGACCGGCACUCCCUCUCCCCGGACAUCCCCAGGAUCAUGAUCGGCAACAAGUCCGACAUCGAGGACAGGAAGGUGGUGGCUACCAGCAUCGCCCAGAAAUUUGCCGACGCAAACUCCAUGCCGCUGUACGAAACGUCAGCCAAGAUGGAUGAGGACGCGGAGAAAGUAGAAGGAAUAUUCAUGGAACUUGCUGUUCAGUUGAAGAACUACAGACCUAUCCUGCCUCUACCCUCCCACUAUCAGAAGGAGAAAGAGGAGGGUAGGUCCACGGUUAGGCUACCAACAUCCCCGGGAAGCCAGAAGAAGGACAGUUGCUGCUCCUGCUCAAGUUGAGGUUGCUUGACCAUUGAUUAGAUCUAGAGAAUUCUUGGUUAGUUCUGGUAGCACAAGGGCUUCUAAAUCUUCUCUUAGACUCUUUGUCCUAGCAACAGCUUCAUGUCAAGCUAGAGAAUAUUUCGUAGCCUUUAAUGCUCAAAUCUAUGGAAUAUAUACUCGUAACAUUUGGCCUCAUAAUCCCAUGAUUAAAUGUUAAGAGGUA